GUUUAGAGUAGUUCAAAAUAGUAAUCUUUUAGUCUGUUUUUAAAUUUAUUAGUUGAAUCAGUUAAAGUUUCCAAAUAGGUUGUUUGCUUGGCCUCAGGUGACCAUUGCUACUGCAAUUUUAUUUUGUCAACGUUUCUUUCUUCGUCAAUCUCAUGCCAAAAAUGAUAGGAGGAUUAUUGCAAUUGUAUGUAUGUUCCUUGCCGGAAAGGUUGAAGAAACACCUCGAGCCUUAAAGGAUGUUAUAGUUGUCUCGUACGAGAUUAUUUAUAAGAAGGAUCCGAAAGCAAUACAAAGGAUUAAGCAAAGGGAAGUCUAUGAACAACAAAAAGAACUGAUUUUGAUGGGAGAGAGGGUAGUUCUCGCAACACUUGGAUUUGAGCUUAAUGUGCAUCAUCCAUAUAAACCCCUUGUUGUGGCACUUCAAAAAUUCAAGAGGUAAGCAACCAAAUGCUUGAACUAUAUGAACAGAAGUUUCUUGCCAGUGAAGCAGAAGAGUGUGCUGAUGCUGUGGGUACUCAGAGACCAACAAAUCCGUCCAGUGCAAAUGAAGACCAUAACCCGAACAGAAACAGCUCUCACAGUGGCACUGCUACAUCAUCAGAGACCAAAGCCUCCUCCCAAAAGCCAAUCCCCGAUCAUUCGCUUCCUAAUAAUCAUGGUAGGGCUGGUCAAAACUGUGACAAUGACCAUGCAAAUUCUGAAAAGAACACAACAGACCGAUCCAUCGAUGCUGGUGAGGCUAGUGAUAAGCAGAACGAUGGAAGUGGUGAAGAGAAGACAAAACAAAUGAAGGAGAAACUGGAUGGCGGUGGGGCCCUGGAACACCACCACAUGGAUGGGACGGCAGUUGGGCGGUCACCGCAAGAGGUCUUCAUCAAGAAUAUUGACAAAGGCAAAGUGAAAGCAGCACUUGAGAGGAGCAGGAAAUCCCGCGGGGGCACAACUAGGAAGGCCGAUGUUUUGGACGACGAUGACCUCAUCGAGAGAGAAUUGGAGGACGGGAUAGUAAUAGAUGCUGAGAAGAGCAAGUGGGUGAAAAGAGAAAGUCGGCCCAAGUCAUCAAACGGGCCAGAGCACGAUCAAAGAAUGAUGAUGACAAAAGGGGCGGUACAGCCCUUGCAAAAGGAGAAGAAUAAUUUGGAAGAAGGGGAAUUGGAUCCUUAUGGGGAUACCGUCGCUCACAAGGGGGCCCACCAUUCGCCCAAGUCCGCUAACCGUAAGAGAAAGGCAAGUCCCCUCCUGCAGAGGGAGGGAAAGCAUCGCCACCGCGACAUCAUCUAUUCACAAUCACUCGCACCCCCAUCAGAAUCACGCGUAAGGCGUUGUCCUCCCAGUAGUUAGAUCUUCAUAGAUAUGGUCGGUCGACCGAGCAAGCAAGCAAGCAAGCAGUGUUCUGCUGAAAUGGUUUGUGUUGGGGGUAAAAACACUGUUGGUAACCUCUGAACUUGUCUUAAAGUGCAUUAUUAUUGUGCUUCUGAUUUCACUUCUACUUGCAGCUUUAAUCUUCAUUAGGUCACACAAACAAAAUAUUUGCGUGUCACACUAUAAUUGCUAAUGAAUACAAUUUCUAGUCUUACUUGCAUUUUCAAUUAAAAAAAAAAUUAUCCUUUCAAGGUAUAUUUUAUUCUCUUCACUACUAUGAAACAAUGUCCAUUUAAGUUGGUUCUAUUCCAAUGGUUGUGUGAAGUUUAACGUUAAUGAAUGUACUUCGUAUGCUUUCUUGCAUUUUUUCUAGAUGGCAGUGUGAAGUAAUAAGUUAAAUAAUACAACCUCAAGUAUUCCUAGCAUUUUAAUGUUUUUUUUUUAAAAAUGAAUGAAGCAUUUUAAGGCAGCAUUUUAUUCCUUCACUUUUCUGACCAUUUCAUUUACUUUGUUCAAGGUGCUGCACGCAUGGAUUCAAAUAUGAGGGUAUUAUUACGUGUUGAUGGAACGUGGGAUACUUUUCGAAACUUUACUUCAAAGUAUGACACUGUAAUUGAAGUGCCUAAUGAAACCUCACUAAAAUCACUGAUGGACUCUGCUAAAGCUGUCAUUUUCAUGGAUUGGUCUCAAAAUUAUAUUCGUUUCUCUUACAUUGUUGCCUCGUGUCCACUACCUAUUGUUCUUGCGGAUGUUGCCGAACUACUCUUCUAAUUUAAGUUGAAGUCUUACCAAAAUGAGGUUAUGCAUGGAAGUUUUUCCUAUUGCCACAAUAGGAAAGCACCAAUUGCAGUUGUGAUUCCCCAAACAUUGAUUUCAGUUAUGAAGCACCUGAGUUACAUAAUAAUAGUGCGGUGGUUGAGAAUUCGUCUGAUACAAAUCAUCCAUAUAUUCGAUUGAUUCUUUGCAGUACCCUUACCCGACUUAUGGUGAUACUUUAUCUUCUAAAGGAUUUCAUAUUCUCAAUGAGAAUAUGAAACGAUCCAAACGUACGAGACUUCCGACAACUUCUAUGGAUGUUAUUUCACAUUAUCAUCCUACAACAAUUCAAGUUGAUAGCAUUCCAAUCGAUCGCCAAAUCUCUAUCGGGUCAAUCAACUAGCCCUUUGAUCGCCUUCUUAUUGGCCCUAUCUGGGUGGACCCCUUCUGACCAGUCGUUCAUCCCUCCGUGGCGCGGCACACUUGUCCUACCGUCACCGAGUCAAGUCCCAAGCUGGUUAGCCAUGGGUUUACACCCAUCACUUGGUACCCAAUCUGGUGUGAUUAUUUGAUAUUGUUCUUAUUUUUGUACUCCCUACAUCCUAUUAGGACUUUCCAAAUUCAAAGAAAAAAUGUGUUGUCUAUUAUUUUUUCUCAAUAAUGAAAUUUAAUCACACUCUUCUAAUUUCUUUGGUUCGAGAAAGCAGUGCAACAUAGGCUGGUUUGCGUGUUUGUCCAAAAUAGCCGGCCAUCGGGCCCCUCCUAAAAGCUUCCCAUUGAUGGCACUGUGGAUUUGAGUGUGUGGCAUGUGAGUGUGGUUGUGGAAGUGCAGUGAUUGUAGUAGUAGUGAUGAUGACAAUGUGACACUGAUGAUGGCAAUGGUAGUGUGGCGAUGGUUGUGGAGGUGCUUGGGUAGUGCGGUUGUAGCUGUGUGGCGGCGAUGGCGGCAGUGUGGCAGGAGUGAUGCGGUGAAAGUACGAUGGUGGAAGUAUGGUGGCAUUGCGAUGAUGGUAUAGGUGGUGCAAUCCAAUAAGAGUGUGAAGGUGUAAACGUUGUUGUGGUUGUAACUAUAUGCUGGCAAUGUAAUGAUAGACAUGUGACAGGGCCCGUGUGGUUGUCAAAUGGGUGUAUGGUGGUGUUGGG